UUAGAUCUGUGUUGCUGGUCACAUUCUUGUGGUUAAAAUGGCUUCUUGACAGUCAGGAAGGAAGAAGUUUUCAGACUGAGACGCCAUGCCGCUGCUGGCAGAGCUUCCUCUCCGGCUGCCAGACGCCACGCUCAGGUUUUUCAAAUGUGCUCUGUUGCAGCAUGAGGCCGGCUCAUUGGCUGUUGGCUGCGGCCUCGCUGCUCCUGGUCUCCGGCUCCUUCGCCGGCCAGGACAUCUGCAGCGCCAAACCCAGAGACCUGCCGCUGGAGCCGCGUUGCGUCUACCGGAGCCCCGACCCCGAGGACGAGGCCCCGACGGCGACCGAGCCGGAGAAGAUCCCCGAAUCCACCAACCCCCGAGUCUGGGAGCUGUCGCAGGCCAACGGCCGCUUCGCCUUGUCGCUGUACAAGCGGCUGGCUGACAGCAAGCCCAGCGACGCCAACAUCUUCAUGUCACCCAUCAGCGUCUCCACGGCCUUCGCCAUGACCAAGCUGGGCGCCUGCAACGAAACUCUGAAGCAGAUCAUGAACGUGUUUGAGUUCGACACCAUCAAGGAGAAGACGUCCGACCAGGUCCACUUCUUCUUCGCCAAGCUCAACUGUCGUCUGUUCAGGAAGAAGGACGAGAGCACCGAGCUGAUCUCCGCCAACCGGCUCUUCGGGGAAAAGUCGCUGGUCUUCAACGAGACCUACCAGAACAUCAGCGAGGUGGUCUACGGAGCCAAGCUGCUGCCGCUCAACUUCAAGGAGAAGCCCGAGCUGGCCCGGGUCACCAUCAACAACUGGAUCUCCAACAAGACUGAGAACCGCAUCCAGGACACGCUGCCAGAGGGGGCGCUAGACUCCAACACCGUCCUGGUCCUGGUCAACACCAUCUACUUCAAGGGUCAGUGGAAGAGCAAGUUCGACAAAGACAACGUCUUCAAGUCGGACUUCCACGUGAACGAGAACCGCAGCUGCUCGGUCAGCAUGAUGUACCAGGAGGCCAAGUUCAGGUACGCCCACCUGCCGGACGAGAAGGUGCAGCUGCUGGAGAUGCCGUACCGCGGCGAUGACAUCACCAUGGUGAUCAUCCUGCCGGCCCGGGACACGCCCCUCAGCCAGGUGGAGGCGAGCCUGGACCUCAGGAAGCUGAGCGGCUGGCUCGAGGCGAUGAAGGAGACCACGGUGUCGGUGCAAGUCCCUCGCUUCCGGGUGGAGGACAGUUUCAGUCUGAAGGAGAAGCUGCAGGAGAUGGGGCUGAGGGACCUGUUCGACCCGCACAGCGCCAGCCUGCCAGGGAUGCUGGAGGACGACAACAACGAGCUGCACAUCUCAGAUGCUUUCCACAAAGCUUUCCUGGAGGUGAACGAGGAGGGCAGCGAGGCGGCGGCCGCCACCGCCGUGGUCGCCGUGGGACGCUCCAUCAACCUGGACCGAGAAGUGUUCCUGGCCGACCGGCCCUUCCUGCUGCUCAUCAGAGAGGCCAGCAUCAACACCCUGCUGUUCACCGGGAGGCUGGCCGAGCCCUGCAGCCACUGAGCACACACACACACACACACACACACACACACACACACAGUCUGGACUCCCAGGCA